CGGCCCCUGGGGCCCUGGCGGCCUCCCUCCCCGCCCGUCCGGACUGGCUGGGCUGGGCUCCGACUACAGCACCGCUGCACAGCAGGGGCUGAAGGGAGGGAGCGAGGGAGGGCCUGACCAGAGGGCCCGGACGCGGCGCGGGCGGGAGCUGUACCCAGAGCUCCCGCGGCCACCCCUUCCAGGCUCCGGGUCAUGCGCUGCCCCAAGUGCCUUCUCUGCCUGUCAGCGCUGCUCACCCUCCUGGGCCUCAAGGUGUACAUCGAGUGGACAUCCGAGUCUCGGCUAAGCAAGGCCUACUGGGGACCCCGGGGUACGGCACCAGGCCCCACGCCAGCCAGCCCCGAGCCCACCUUGCCAGCUAACCUCUCUGCCCGGCUGGGCCAGACUGGCCCACUGCUCUCUGCUUACUGGAACCAGCAGCAGUGGCAGCUGGGGUCCCUGCCCAGGGGUGACAGCACUGAGCCAGGGGGCUGCCGGGCUUGGGGGGCUGCCGCUGCUGCCCAAAUCCCAGACUUUGCCUCCUACCCCACGGACCUCCAGCGCUUCCUGCUGUCAGCAGCCUGCCGGAGCUUCCCACAGUGGCGGCCAGGGAGUGGCAGAGGCCAAGUGGCCAGCUGCUCGGGUACCGACGUCCCCUACCUGCUGCUGGCUGUCAAGUCGGAACCAGGGCACUUUGAGGAGCGGCAGGCUGUGAGGGAGACGUGGGGGAGUCCGGCGCCUGGAGUCCGGCUGCUCUUCCUGUUGGGGUCGCCGGAGGGUGAGGGGGGGCCUGACCUGAGCUCCCUGGUGACCUGGGAGAGCCACCGCUACAGUGACCUGCUGCUCUGGGACUUUCUUGACGUCCCCUUCAAUCAGACGCUCAAAGACUUGCUGCUGCUGGCGUGGCUGGGCCGCCACUGCCCGGGCGUGAGCUUCAUCCUGCAAACUCGGGAUGAUGCCUUCGUACAUACACCUGCCCUUCUGGACCACCUGCAGGCCCUGCCACCCAGCUGGGCCCGAGGCCUCUACCUUGGUGAGGUGUUUACCCAAGCCAAACCCUUCCGGAAGCCUGGAGGACCCUACUACGUGCCUAAAUCUUUCUUUAAAGGUGGCUACCCAGCCUAUGCAAGCGGAGGGGGCUAUGUCAUUGCUGGGCGCCUGGCACCCUGGCUGCUACAGGCAGCGGCCCGUGUGGCCCCCUUCCCCUUCGACGAUGUCUACACUGGGUUGUGCUUCCGUGCCCUGGGUCUGGCACCCAGGGAUCACAAAGGCUUCCUUACAGCCUGGCCAGCAGACCGCACUGCUGACCCCUGUACUCUCCGGGACCUGCUGCUGGCGCAGCCCCUCAGCCCCCAGAACAGCAUUCGGCUCUGGAAACAGCUGCAGGACCCUAAGCUCCAGUGCUGAGUCUCGGUGGAGCUGGGGAGGGGAGGGUGGGCCUGGCCGGAACCUCUAUGCCCAUCCCUGGCUCAGCUUCUCCCUCUGGGCCUUGGUGUGAGGGAGGAAUCCUAGAAUCAUGACUGCCUGAGCCCUUUCUGGGUCCCCCCAGGCAAGGAGCUGGGCAGCAGAAGGCAACAGACUGUUUCUACUUCUUGUUUUUGAAAAAUAUGCACCCCCUACCCAGACCUGGAGUCGUCCUUCUGCCUGUGGGGCCCUGGAGAAGCUGACAAGAGUAGAGCUCACCCGCACCUUGACCUUCACACUGGACUCCCUCCUCACUCUUAGUAAACAGGGCCAGCUCUGAUGGCCUCCCAGUUA